AUGGCGCCGCCAGCGGGCGGGGCGGCGGCGGCGGCCUCGGACUUGGGCUCCGCCGCAGUGCUCUUGGCUGUGCACGCCGCGGUGAGGCCGCUGGGCGCCGGGCCAGACGCCGAGGCACAGCUGCGGAGGCUGCAGCUGAGCGCGGACCCUGAGCGGCCUGGGCGCUUCCGGCUGGAGCUGCUGGGCGCGGGACCCGGGGCGGUUAAUUUGGAGUGGCCCCUGGAGUCAGUCUCCUACACCAUCCGAGGCCCCACCCAGCACGAGCUACAGCCUCCACCAGGGGGGCCUGGAACCCUCAGCCUGCACUUCCUCAACCCUCAGGAAGCUCAGCGGUGGGCAGUCCUAGUCCGAGGUGCCACCGUGGAAGGACAGAAUGGCAGCAACAGCAACUCACCACCAGCCCUGGGCCCAGAAGCAUGCCCUGUCUCCCUGCCCAGUCCCCCGGAAGCCCCCACACUCAAGGCCCCUCAACCUGAGGCAGAUCUUCCUAGGAGCCCUGGAAACUUGACGGAGAGAGAAGAGCUGGCAGGGAGCCUGACCCGGGCUAUUGCAGGUGGAGACGAGAAGGGGGCAGCCCAAGUGGCAGCCGUCCUGGCCCAGCAUCGUGUGGCCCUGAGUGUUCAGCUUCAGGAGGCCUGCUUCCCACCUGGCCCCAUCAGGCUGCAGGUCACACUUGAAGACGCUGCGUCUGCCGCAUCCGCCGCGUCCUCUGCACACGUUGCCCUGCAGGUCCACCCCCACCGCACCGUUGCAGCUCUCCAGGAGCAGGUGUUCUCAGAGCUCGGUUUCCCGCCAGCUGUGCAACGCUGGGUCAUCGGACGGUGCCUGUGUGUGCCUGAGCGCAGCCUUGCCUCUUACGGGGUUCGGCAGGAUGGGGACCCUGCUUUCCUCUACUUGCUGUCAGCUCCUCGAGAAGCCCCAGCCACAGGACCUAGCCCUCAGCGCCCCCAGAAGAUGGACGGGGAACUUGGACGCUUGUUUCCCCCAUCAUUGGAGCUACCCCCAGGCCCCCAGCCAGCUGCCUCCAGCCUGCCCAGUCCGCUCCAGCCCAGCUGGUCCUGUCCUUCCUGCACCUUCAUCAAUGCCCCAGACCGCCCUGGCUGUGAGAUGUGUAGCACGCAGAGGCCCUGCACGUGGGACCCCCUUGCUGCAGCUUCCACCUAGCAGCCACCAGAGGUUACAAGGGGAGAGUGGCCCUUCCCUCA